AUCUUUUUUGCUUCUUCGAACUUCUUCUCUUUCACACAAAACCCCAACCAAAAAUCAAAUCUUUCUAAAAACCCAACUCCUCCACCUUAAAGGGGUUUUCAAGAACCUGAAAAAUCUGGUAGGAAAAAUGGCAACCUUUUUCACUUCCCUCGGACCCAAUUCUCUAUUGUCUCCAUUUACAGAACGGACAAGAACACUAAACCCAGUUUUUCACCGAACCCACUUUGGAAAUCUUCCAACUUACAAACCCUUUUCACGGGGCGUGCUCGGAGUAGCUCGAUUCGGGUUGGGUCAGGAUCCGUUUCCUGACCCGGAGACUGCAGAGGUGCUUUUCAAGGACCUGUUUGCUCGGGCUGAAGGGCUUUUGUAUACAGUUGCUGAUGCUGCUGUUUCUGGUUCUGCUGAUACGGUUGUUAACACUGUUGAAAGUAGUAAACAGAAUAGUGAUUGGCUUUCUGGUAUUACCAAUGGAAUGGAGUCUGUUCUGAAGGUUUUGAAGGAUGGACUCUCAACUUUACAUGUGCCGUAUUCUUAUGGUUUUGCAAUCAUUCUACUAACAAUACUAGUAAAAGCUGCAACUUUUCCUCUAACAAAAAAACAGGUAGAAUCAGCAAUGGCAAUGCGCUCUAUGGCACCUCAAAUAAAGGCUAUUCAGGAGCGAUAUGCUGGAGACCAGGAGAGGAUUCAACUUGAAACUGCUCGUCUUUAUAAAUUAGCUGGCAUAAAUCCACUGGCAGGAUGUCUGCCGACCCUUGCCACUAUACCCAUAUGGAUUGGGCUUUACAGAGCCCUCUCUAACGUGGCAAAUGAGGGGCUUCUGACAGAAGGCUUCUUCUGGAUACCCUCACUAGCUGGUCCAACAACAAUUGCUGCUCGACAAACUGGAAGUGGCACCUCUUGGCUUUUCCCUUUUGUAAGUGAUGAUCCAAAUGUGAAGAACUCUCAAGCAAUAACUAAGUUUCUCCCUCUAAUGCUUGGUUACUUUUCACUUUCAGUUCCUUCUGGUCUGAGCCUAUAUUGGUUCACAAACAACAUACUUAGUACUGCUCAACAAGUAUGGCUUCAGAAGUUUGGAGGUGCAAAAUCUCCAGCGCUGAAAUUAAGUGAUGAUACUUCUAGGAAAGAGCAACGCGGGGGUGCAAAAAUUCCAACCCUGAAAUUAAGUGAUGAAACCUCUAGGGAAGAACAACCUCAAAUUCAGAAACAGGUCUCUGAAGCAACAAUAACUAAAAAGAAAGACGAGAAUCCUACAUCAGAUAGGCCCCGCCAGGGUGACAGGUUUAAACAGUUAAAGGAACAAGAAGCAAGAAAACGGCAACAGAGGGAGGAGGAGAAGAGGAAGGCUGAAAUAGCAGCCAAUAAGAAACAAGAGAAGUCAGUUGAGAUAGAAAAUAGUAUCAGAACUGACUCUGUUAAUGGUGAUUCUAUCUCUAAGAGUCUCAAUGCUUCCACUUCUGAAUAUUAUCGUGUCGUAAAUGGUGAUAGUGCUUCCUCUGAAGUGAAGGAAGAUGAAAUUUCAGAUGAUCACAACCGUGGAGUGGAUCAGCAUAUUUCUGACGAACGAAAGAAGGGUGAAACUGUUUCUUCUAUCAGAGCUACAGAUAACCAACUUCCACUUGAAGAUGUACAAGAAGACAGAACUGGAUAAGCAACUUAAACAAAAGGCUAUACAUUUUACAAGCUUAUUUAGUUCUCCACCCAUACUUGAAGUUCAUCAGGAACUUGCGACAUCUCUAAACGCGCUGCUAUUAUUGUGUUUGCAGCUUGAAGGGACCAGGUUCUGACAAGAUUUUACUUUUGGAAGCUGCAAAGUUGUAAAUUAUGAUGUUCAAAAUGGCAAUCGCUGCGGAUUCUUUAACGAGCAUAGUUGGAUUUGUAGUGUAAAGGAUCUGCUUUAGUACCUAAAAAAGGUUAGCAUCAUAGGUUUAUAUAUUAAAAUAGCAUAUACCAAACCAGAAAGUAGAAUUGUUGUAGAACAAUGCUAUAUUGAGUCAGAUUUGCAUCUCAA